AUGAGUUGCAGUGAAGAGGGUUGGAUCUACCACAGACAUUCCGACUCAUGUUUUCUGAUGGUGGAACUGUUGAAAAAUUUUACUGAAUCUGUCGAACAUUGUUCAUCUCUCUCGGGCGGAGCGCACUUGGCUCAUAUAGAGGAUCAAGAAACAGAUGAAUUCAUCAAAGAGUCAAUGCUGGCCAACGAAAACGCCACCUACCGCAUUGGAAUUUUUCUCAACAGAAGUAGGGGGCUGUAUUGGAAAGAGAGUACUCAUGAAGUUGAUUAUCUGCCGUGGAAGCAAGUCGAGGAUGUGACGUACUUCACAAGUACCGUGAUCACAAGGGAUGGUUGGAGACAUGUCCCACCGAAGAAUAAACGUCAAUUUAUUUGUCAAGUGGAGGCUGAUUUCUUAAGCUUCAGAGAGAACUACACGUAUUUCAAACUUAUAACAUUUGGUGAAAACUGGGCAAACGCGAAUGAGUACUGUAAGACAACAUUUUAUAACGGCAAACUGGCUGAACCGACUAACAGUGAACAGAGGAAAGCAAUUGAGGAAAUUACCAAAGAAGCUAAACUUAUUGGUGAGCAGAAAUACAUUUUACUUUAG